UUCGAUUUCUCUGCAGCUCGAAGCUCUCAGUGACCUCAAGACCAAAAUGGUGGUUCGACUCUGUGGUUCUGUCUGCUGAACUGAAUACUGAUAUGUCCAUAAACAAUGGAGGAGGAAGUGAAUUAUGUGACUGUCACUUUCAAGACUAAUCAUAUCUCUACACUCGAGAAACCAAACAAUAUGGAAAUCAUCUAUGAUGAGGUGAAAACACAGGGAAAGGAAUGGGAUGCACAUUCUGUUAUAAAAGAGAGUCAACAAAAAGCUACACUUUCCACCUUGCUUACUUUAGUUGUAGUGGUUUUGGGAAUUACUUGUUUCAUCCUGGUGUUGGCCAUUGUCGUCAUCAGCUUCCACUUCACUUCUGAACUGAGAAGACAGAACUUCACCUUAACUGAGGAGAAUCUGCAGCUCUGGUCAGAAAAGGCUGCCUUAGAGAGAAUAAAAGAAGACCUGAUCCGAGAAAGAAACCAACUCAACUGGACUGUUGAAGUCAUCCUGGACUACGAGGAAUUCCCUGUGAAAAAACACUGCCCACAGAAAGUGUGCAAACCUUGCCUGGACGACUGGCUGCUGUUCCAGUCGAACUGUUAUCUGUUUGCUAAAUAUGGCUAUUCUAAUAAGUGGAGGACCUGGGAAGGAAGCCGAAAUGACUGCAGGGAAAAACAUGCAGACCUGGUGGUGAUUAAUAGCCAGAAGGAACAGGAAUUCAUCAACAACCACACAGAAGAAUACAAUGAUGAAAAGCACGGAUACUGGAUCGGUUUGAAGAAAAAUACAAGGGAUCCCUGGAUCUGGGUCGAUGGCAGCAAUUUUACUCAGACAUACUGGAGCACGCAGGAACCCGGCUACCAAACGUCAUGUGCUUUAAGUAACCCUCGUAAGGAUCCUCUGGCCAACUGGGACAAAGCCAGCUGCACCAUGAAAAACUGCUGGAUCUGUGAGAAAAAAGCCUUAAUCCGACCAGAAUGAGCCGCUGGGUCUCAAUAUGUUAUUUAGUAUUUGAGGAUUAGUCAUUUAUUUAUGCUGUUUUUUUCUCUCUCAAACCAGAUUUUCAAAAAGAAAAACUUACUUUUUAUGAAAUGUUUUACUGUCUGCUUUAUUAAUUCUUAUUGUAUUAAAUUUAAAAUAAAGAUGUGUAUAUGAUGUA